AGAAAGGCGGUUCCAAGUGAAAUGUGCCACCAUUCUGCCCUUCUCUUCAUCCUCCAGCGCCGCGUGUGCGUCCUUCACAUUCAUGAACACUCACCUGGAAGGAUGAGCGUGUGUCUUCUCUGGGUCGGCCUGCUCCACAUCAGCCUGAGUGUACUGUGGCAAGCGGCCAACAUACAAGCAGCAUUGACCAUUGAUGAGGUGACACUGACUGUGCUUCCUGCUAAUAAUGUGGAGAGUGGAACUAACGUGACCUUGCAUUGCAAGGCCAGAGUCAGUGUGUCUAGUCUCCACCAGCAGCUGACCUACACCUUUAGCCUCCUGCAGGAGGGUCAGGUGAUGUACUCCAAAAAUAUCAGUGCCCUAGAGAUGGAGCGCAGAUUAUCUCCGGCCAGGGUGUCCAACUCUGGUCGCUAUCAGUGCAGUGUCCACAUCUACAACAAGCACAAGAUAAGCAACACUGUGGCAUUAAAAGUCACAGGACUUCAAAUCCCAAUGCUUAAGGUGAAGUCUGAAAUCGUGUCUGAGGGGGAAGACAUUAUUGCCACAUGCAGUGCACCAGAGGAGACGGGCAGUCUGAUGUUCUACUUCUACGAAACCGAUCAGGAGGUCAAGAGAGUCGUUAGUACCAACAACUCUGUGACAACCAGUCUGACCUUGCAGAAGCUCAAAGACAACUACCUGUAUUGUGACUAUAUUGUUGUGAUGCAACACAUCGCAGGACACUCCAACAAAAGCAAAAUGGUUAAAGUUAUUGUAAAAGAUCUUGAUGUGAUUACCCCAAAAAUAAGCAUCUCCCCCAAUGUGAAUGUCGUUGAGGGUGACAGGGUGCAGAUCGCAUGUACGGUGCAAUUCAACUCAGAUCUUGAGUUGUACCUCACCAAAGGCAACACCCUUCUUCGUGAAUCUCGUACAAACUUCACAUACAGCCUUGUAGUAAGAGCUGAGGAUUCAGUGGACUAUGUGUGUAAAGCAGAGAAAGGCAGAGUGCAAAAGAAGGCAGUCUAUCAGUUAAAUGUUACAGAACUGUUCUCGAAGCCAGUUUUGACAUUGAGCCCAGACCAGGUUUAUGAAGGAGGACGCUUCACUCUGACCUGCAACAGUACUGUAAUCUCCUCAGCGAAGAUUGGAAAAGCAGACAUAAAGUAUGUUUUGCUGAAAGAUGGUCGACGCAUUGCAGCAGUUGACAAAUACUUUGGCACUGCAAGCCUGGCCACCAAUGGGAACUACUGCUGUAUGGCCAUGGCUAAAGAAAUUAACAAGACCAGCUUACCAUUCAUUUUAAAGGCUAAAGUGCCUGUUUCUGUCCCAGUCCUUCGUGCUGUUAAUAAGGUGAUUGUUGGUAAGCCAUUCAGGGUUUCAUGUGAGGCUGAAAAUGGAACGUUUCCAAUAACCUACACCUUACUGAAGACUAGUGUUCCAGUGGCUAACAUGAAAGUGGAUAAGGCAGCCGACAAGGCAAUCUUUAAUAUAACCUCCAUCAGUUUUCCUAAAGAUAUCCACAGCUUCAGUUGUCAGGCUUCUAACCAUGUGUUCAAUGAGACCAGUGAGCCCCUUAGAGCAACAGUCAUAGUACCUGUUUCCAGGCCUGACCUGAAGCCAAAGGAAGUUACGGUCACAGAGGGGUCAGAUCUCGUCCUCAUCUGCAGUGUACACCAGGGCUCUGACCCCAUCACCUUCACCUGGUAUUAUAACAGAGUUAAGCUCCCUUACUCCACCAAAGAAGUCAGAUCAUUAGAAGGAAGACAUGUUGUUAAAGCCAUCGAACGAGGCCAGAGAGGCGACUACCACUGUGAGGCAUCCAAUGACGCCAAUGAAACCAAAAAGAGUUAUCCAUCCAGAAUUAGUGUCAGUUUAGCGCUGUGGAAGAAAGCUCUUAUUGGAGUGUUCUGUAUCUUGCUUUUGGUGGCUAUCGUCAUAGUCCUGACAGUCUUUUUAAAGAAAAUGUCAAAUCCACGCAGAAAAGAGCAAGCAGCUGAGUUAUCAGUGAAACCUUCACGACCCAAAUCAGGUGACCCCAUGAGAAUAAGCCUUACUCUCGACAUUGAAGAUAACACUGCUCUCAAUGGAACUCCCUGUGUGAUGGGCAGGAAUGUCUGGAGUGAAAAUGUAUCUGGCUCAGAUUCUGACGAUCAUACUGAUGAAGACUCUCAGCUGGUUCACCCACAGGAAGUCGAUCUCAGCGGAGAUGUUCCCGUGACGAAAACCAUAGAGCCCGAAUACAGUGUCUGCCACACAGAUAUCCAGGUGUCCACACCAGGAGUUUCGGAACAGGCUGAGGGCGUAAGUGACGCACAAUGUUGACACACAGACACAAAAGUCCACAUGUAGCAGGCGACUCUGGAAUAUGCACAACUCCACAACAGUGAACAAGAACCUGCAUGACUUGACACUUCACACCUAAUUUAUUCAGCUUCUCCACCACCAGAAACUUAUUUUCAAUCAUGAAUAUGAAUAUUUGUUGGUAUAAUUAACAUUACUGUGGUGAUGUUUGUAUAUCAGAGAUUAAAACCUGAGUAGUCAUA